GUAUUAAAGGAAGGAACAAUCCUGUCAGUACAGCACAGAGCAGCAGGAAGGUGUCGGUGCAAAGCUUUUUAACAAACAUGGCCGGCACACAAGCUCCAGAUGCAGAUGACCUCCACCUGAGGUUGGUGCUGCUUGGGAAAGCUGGAGUAGGGAAGAGUGCAGCUGGAAACACCAUCUUAGGAAGAGAAGCUUUUCAGUCUUUUUCUUCUUUUUCUUCUGUAACAUUGGAGUGUCAGAAAGAAACAACCCGGGUGGAUGGUCAUACACUGACUGUAGUUGAUACUCCAGGUCUGUUUGACACCACCCUGUCUGAAGAUGAGGUGGUUACACAGAUUGUUAGAUGCAUCACCUUUGCUGCUCCUGGUCCUCACGUGUUCCUGGUUGUGAUCCAGUCGACCAGAUUCACAAGUGAAGAAGAAGAAACGAUUAAAAUUCUUCAGAAGAUGUUUGGAGAAGAUGCAGCACGUUACAUUAUGGUCUUGUUCACGUAUGGAGACAAUCUGCAAAACGGAGUCGACAUCGACAAAUCAAUCAGUGGAAAUCGGGCUCUGCAUCGCUUCAUCCGCCAGUGUGGAGGAAGAUAUCAUGUUUUUAACAACAAGAGUGAGGAUCGCUCUCAGGUCAAAGAGCUGCUGGAGAAGAUCAACACCAUGGUUAAGAGAAAUGGAGGAACACACUACACCAAUGAUAUGCUGCAGGAGGCUGAGAAAGCCAUCAGAGAAGAGAUGGAACGGCUUCGGACAGAAAAUCCAGAGAUAGCAGAAGAAGAAGCAAGAAGACGGGCGGAGAAUAAAAAUAAGGUCCUGAAGGCUGCUGGGAUAGGAGCAGGUGUUGGAUUUUUAUUAGGACCAGUGGGAUCGGCUCUGGGAGCAGCAGUGGGAGUUGCGGUUGUAGCAGUGAAACAAAGAGAAUGUGUUAUACUGUGAAAAAUGUUGAUAUUUAAUCACAAUUUCAGAAUUUUCUGUGAGUUCUUUACAACAAGGUUACUCGGUGCAUUUGGGAGAUGAUGGGCAUCAUUAUUAGUGAUUGCUAGUUUUCAGAUGACUGUCUGCAGUGCUCCUGAUCUCAAUAUGUAUGUUUUUAAUGUAGUUGUAUUUCUUAUGUGUCAAAGGUACAGAAAAUAUUCUAUUUUACAUUUUUGAUUUCUGUAAAUGUAAUUGCAAAUUAAUUCAGUCUCACACAAACAGGUCACAGAGACACAGAUGGUGAUAUUAAAUUUCUUUCAGGUCUUUGAUGUCACCAGUGUUUUUUCAUUUUUCUGUUGACUGUUUUUUUGUUAGGCUUGCAUUUGGCUAGGGUCACUAGCAUGAGUGACUUUUCUCACUUUGGUUCUGUAAAUCACUAUAAUGAAUCUGAACUGACACGACUCAGAUGCAGUUGAAGUUCAGACUUUCAGUUUUGAUUCACUCAAAGAUUUUCAUUAAAAUCAAUCAAUCACCUUUAUUUAUGUGUGAGGAACUAAAGCAUGUUGGGGCUCUAAAGUAAUUGGACAAAUUAAAUAACUGAAAAUAAAAUAGUCAUUUCUAACACUUGGUUGAAAACCCUUUGCUGGCAAUGACAGCCUGAAGUCUUGGACUGAUGGACAUCACCAGAUGCUGGGUUCCCUCCUUUUUAAUGCUCUGCCAGGCCUUUACUGCAGAAGCUUUCAGUUCCUGUUUGUUCAUGGGCUUUUCUGUUUGAAGUUUAGUCUUCAACAAGUGAAAUGUUAAGAACUGACUUCAGCAAAUCUCUGAGAAAAUGGUGUAGAGAACACAUGCAGAGCGCAAGUAGUCAGUUUCAUGUGCAUGAUUAUAGCAGUAAAGAAAAGGUGAGCAUAUUAGUGGUUCAGAGGGUUUGGAGAUGGGACCAGAAUAUGUGCUGUGAUAUUAUCACUCACGAGUGUGUGAGGCAGUCUCAGAGAUGGCUGUAGUGGUCGGACGCAGGACAGACUUUAGGAUUACCAAAAAUCUUUGUAAUAAUCUUACAAUUUGCCUUUUGUGCCUCGAUGGUGUGCUGAUAGUUAUUCAAACAGUCUCUAACGCUUGGUAAGAAACAAGGAGCUUGGAAAGAAUGGCGACUGGAUUUCUUUACGUUUGUUGAAGACGUUUUAUCUGAGAAACUUCUAAGAGCAAAUGGUGCAGAGUCCCAGGUAUUUAAGCCUUAGUGGGAGUGCCUCUUAAGAGGGCCAUUGACCCGCUAUUGAUUAUGAGCCUCAUCACAUGAGCCAAGGCUUGAAAAACGUGUGAGAAACUUGGCAGUUGUUUUUCUUUUCAAGCUCCUUAGAUUACCAUAACCUGGAUGACUGAGACCCUCCACAGACAUGGAGCUUUCUUCCAUUUUUGUUCUGCUUCCCUGCGUUCCUGUCUGGCGGCAUGAGUGACAUUAUUUAACCAAGGCUGAAUUUUUAAUUUAUGCCAUCUGCGUUUGAGAGGAGCAAUUCAGUCCAUAAUGUUGGUGCAAGCUAAACUAAAGCAUGCAGGUAGCUCAUUGGGUGAUUGGGACGAAGAGAAGCUUAUUUAAAGGUGGCUAAAGGAGCUGAAAAUUGGGGAGCAGUUUGAGAUGUUAUAGGGUAAAAAAAGCGGGGUCAGGGUUUGUUUAGAAGGUGAGUGAGGAACGGGGAUACUGAGUAAAAUGAGUUUAUGAUCAGAUGGACAAGCAUCAGUCACCUCUACAACGAUCACUGAAAGUCUAGAGCAGGGGUCGGCAACC